AUGGCCUACGUAGAAUCUCUCCUCCGCAAAUGCACUUCCUUCUCCCUCACGCAGCAGCUCCACGCCCACCUCCUCACCACCGGCCUCCUCCACCUCCAAAUCCCCCGCUCCAAAUUCCUCGACUUCUGCGCCACAUCCGCCGCCGCCGGCCUCCCCUACGCGGCCGCCGUCUUCCGCCGCGUCCCCCUCCCUUCCACCAACGACUGGAACGCCAUCAUCCGCGGCCACGCCCAGGGCCGCCGCCCAAUCGACGCCCUAGCGUGCUACCUCUCCAUGUCCCGUGCCCCCUGCCGCCCAGACGCCCUCACCUGCUCCUUCUUCCUCAAGGCCUGCGCCCGGGCCUUGGCCCGGACAGAGUCCGUCCAGAUGCACGCCGCAGUCGUCAAGGCCGGUGUCGGCGUCGACGUUCUUCUCCAGACCACACUCCUCGACGCCUACUCCAAGUGCGGCGAUCUGGACGGCGCCUGCCAACUGUUCGACGAAAUGCCCCAAAGAGACGUCGCAAGCUGGAACGCCCUGAUUUCCGGCAUGGCCCAGGGUAAUCGCCCCCACCAGGCCCUGAAGCUUUUCGACACCAUGGUCGAGCAAGAAAGUCGAGGCUUCAUGAUGCCGAAUGAGGUAACAGUUGUCGGGGCCCUAUCCGCUUGUUCGCAGCUGGGUGCAAUACGCGAGGCUAACCAAGUGUACAAUUACAUCCGUAAGAAUCACCUGGACAAAAAUGUAAUCGUCUGCAAUGCCAUUAUCGACACGUAUGCCAAAUGCGGGCUAGUGGACCGGGCCUUCAGCGUGUUCCAGGGCAUGAAUUGCCAUAGGAACAUAAUAACAUGGAACACCAUGAUCAUGGGCUUUGCAAUGGAUGGAGACGGGCCCAAAGCCCUCGAGCUCUUUCAUACUUUGUCAAAUGGGUCGGAUGGGCCCAAGCCAGACGGUGUCACUUACUUGGCUGUACUGUGCGCGUGCAACCAUGCAGGGAUGGUUGACGAGGGCAUGAGAAUCUUUGAGUCCAUGGAGAAAACCAUGGUCGAAAAAACUGUUAAGCAUUACGGGACUGUGGUGGAUUUGUUGGGCCGGGCCGGGAGACUGGAUGAGGCCCACGGGCUCAUAGAAUCGAUGCCCGUUUUCCAAGACGCUGUUCUCUGGCAGACUCUGCUAGGGGCCUCCAAGAUAUAUGGUAAUGUGGAAAUUGCGGAAAAAGCUUCGAAAAAGCUUGUAGAGAUGGGGUCCGGUGCUUGUGGGGAUUUCGUGCUUUUGUCCAACAUUUAUGCUGCAAACGAGAGAUGGAGUGAUGUGUGGAGAGUGAGGGAUGUUAUGAAAACGAGAGACGUUAAGAAAGUGCCCGGGUUUAGCUACACCGAGAUGAAUGGUGUCAUAAUCCAAUUUUAUAAUGGGGACAAGAGCCAUCCUAGGUGGAGGGAAAUCUACAAGAAAUUAGAAGAGGUCGGAUUUAGGAUUCGAGAAUUAGGGUACGAACCAGAGACGAGCUACGUGCUGCACGAUAUAGGGCAUGAGGAGAAGCAGAACUCGCUGUUUUACCACAGUGAGAAAUUGGCUGUGGCUUUUGGUUUGAUUAGUACGGAUGAGGGGAGCACUAUAAACGUGAAUAAGAAUCUGCGGAUAUGUGGGGACUGUCAUGUGGUGAUCAAGCUUGUUUCGAAGUUGUAUGGUCGGGAGAUUAUUGUGAGGGACCGUACUCGGUUUCAUAGGUUCAAGGAAGGAUCUUGUUCGUGCAGAGAUUAUUGGUGA